AUGGCCAAGGAGAGCAUGACCAAAAAAACAAUACAAAUAGAUUCCGAUCUUGAAGUUUUUGGGAGCGAAGUCCCAUCCUUCCAUAUAGACAUGAAUCCUAAAUUGCUCGAAGCAGCAAGAUCAGGAGACAAAAAAAUUCUAGAUGAAUUACUGCAGCAAGGAGAUUUUUGUUAUGAAGAUUCGAUAGGGCAGAUAGCAAUAUUAGUACCAGAUGAUGCUGCAACACAAAAUUAUACCAACUACCUCCUUGGAGUUACACCGGAAGGGAACACAGCCCUCCAUAUAGUUGCUAGCCGAGGACAUGUGGAGCUUGCCAUGGAGAUAUAUCACAAAGAGAGAUCUCUUUUGGUAGCACCUAAUAUGAGGCUCGACACUCCACUGCACUGCGCUGUAAGGGCUGGGAAUGACAAGAUGGUUUCUCUCAUCAUCGACUUCAUGCGAGAGGAUGGGAUCGAAGCAAGGAGAGUGCUGAGGGCGAGAAAUAGAGACGAGGACAAUGCUUUGCAUGAAGCUGCUCAAUAUGACCAUGUGCAUGUGGCUAAAGUACUAAUGGAGCAAGAUGCUGGACUAGCAUCCAUGCGGAAUGGUGCCGGUAUGUCUCCUCUCUAUCUGGCCAUCAUGACAGGAUCCUUCAAUGUAGCCAAAGCAUUGCUACAAUCUUUCUCUCGGGAGAAUAAUGCUUCUCUAGCAUCUUAUGCGGGUCACAACAAAAUGGCGUUGCAUGCAGCAGUCCUCCUGAAUCAAGAAAUUACAGAAGAUUUAUUGCAACGGAAGCCGGCGCUUGCCAAAAGUGCCGAUUCCUCAGGGAGAAUUCCUCUUCAUUAUGCAGCUUCACAUGGUCAUGAUAAUAUGGUGAAGCUAUUAUUAGAGCACGAUUCUUCUACUGCCUACCUAUCAGAUGCCGAUGGCUCAUAUCCCAUACAUGCUGCAGCUAUGGUGGGCAACAUUGGCGGAGUUUCUCAGAUUUUAAAACAGUGCCCGCAUACAGAUGACUUAUUAGACAAGGAGGGGAAGAAUUUUCUUCAUGUCGCUUUUAAAUGGAAAAGAUUAUAUUUUGUCAGGGAAAUGAUCUCCAAGAGAUCGGAUCUCAGGAAGCUAUUAAAUGAGAAGGAUAAUAAUGGGAAUACACCGUUACACACAGCUGUUACAAAUAGCGACCAAUGGAGCGUGCAUUUUCUUCUGCGGGACAAAAACGUACACCUCAACAUUAUCAACCACGACGGAUUCACUCCUCUCGACUUAGUUUAUUUAAAGUUGCGCAGAGGCCUGCACUUCCGGAUGCACGCAGAUGAUUGCAUUGCCAGCUGCUUGGCUUUAACAAAGAGUCUGUUCGGUCCACGGGAAUUACGCGACUUAAAAAUGGUUGGGUUAUCCAGGGAUGAGGGCAAAAAGAAACCAUUCGGCGAUGAUAGGUUGAAGAAAAAUCAUCCGGCAAUGAGAAAUCUCGGGAUUGCUUCGGUGCUGAUUGCUACAGUCACAUUUGCUGCUGGUUUUACUCUUCCGGGAGGGUAUAUAGCUGAUGAUCAUCCUAGCCGUGGCACAGCAGUUCUCGCAAAAGAGUAUGCUUUCAAGGUAUUUCUAACCUCAGAUGCCUUCUCGUUGUUCUGCUCCAUUGCAGCCACAUGUUGGCUCAUGUAUGCAGGAACGUCGACGGUUGAUAGUUAUACUCGCACAAAAGCCCUUUUUGGGGCUUUGAGUUGUCUAUGGGUGGCAUUUGCUGGCAUGUCCGCUGCAUUCGCGAUGGCUAUAUACGUAGUGUUGGCUCCAACUUCUACGAAUGAUCAAGAAGCUCUAGAACCAACCCCAAAAGAAGAUACGUCGAUGGGAUCUAGUUCGUCGAUGGAACCAAGUGAUUGGUGGGUGGUGCAUGUGGAUGGUUCAUCGAACUUCAUGGCAUCAGGAGCAAAUCUAGUACUUCUCAGAUUGGAAGGAGUUGUUGCAGAAUACAUCCUCAGAUUCGAUUUUUCAACAACUAAUAAUGAAGCCAUAUAUGAAGCCCUUAUUGUCGGACUUAGAAUUGCAAAGGAGCUUCGGGUGAAAAAAUUGAAGAUCUGUACUGAUUCACAGCUGGUGGCUGAGCAAGCAAAGGAAGAUUUUGAAGCCCGAGAGAAGAAUAUGAAAAAAUAUCUUCAAAAAGUGAAGGACCUAGUUUCAGAAUUUGAUGGCUUCAACGUCCAGCAAGUACCCUGA